GCAGCACGGCAAUAGCCUCUGAUAUCCGAACUGCAGGCCCCAUGUCUUUCGCAGUCGGACCCAGUUGCGCCCUUCCGCAGAGACAUGACUCCCAGCGCCCGCCGAUUGGUUCUCGGUCGGCAUCGGGGAGCUAGAAGCUGCUCCGAGCGGUAAGCGUCGGUUUGAUAUACAAAAGAUUCCGUCGCAGCACUACCAUUGCCUUCCCCACGCUCUCGGUCUUGUGCUUCCUCCUCCACAGCCGCCCACAAUGCUCCAACAACGGUCAUUGCGAUUGCUCUCAUCGCUCUCCCAACGCGCCACUCGGCCUGCUGCCACCAGCGUUGCCGCCUCACUGCGAUGUCGGACCGAGCGACCGUACAGCAUCCACGCCGAUGCCUCUGUCGGCACGACGAUCAAGGACAUUGAGCCUUCCAAGCUCUCUAUCACGAGGACCACGACCCCAAAGGCAUUGCUGCCUCCCGAGGAACUUGUCUUCGGCCGCAACUUCUCAGACCACAUGCUCUCGCUCGAAUGGACUGCAUCCGAAGGAUGGCUUCCAGGGCGCAUUACUCCCUACCAAAAUCUUAGUCUCGAUCCCGCUACCUGCGUGUUUCACUACGCGUUCGAGUGCUUCGAGGGAAUGAAGGCAUACAAGGACAAAAACGGUGGCAUCAGACUGUUCCGACCGGAAAAGAACAUGGCCCGUUUGAACAAGUCGUCUGCGCGCAUUGCGCUCCCCACUUUCGAUGGCGACGCCUUGAUCGAGCUAAUCAGCAAGUUCCUCAAGGUCGACGAGCGCUUCAUUCCUGAUGCGCGUGGAUACUCGCUGUACCUCCGCCCGACUAUGAUCGGCACCCAGCGCACCCUCGGCGUCGGUCCACCGGCCUCGGCUCUUCUGUACGUCAUUGCCUCGCCGGUGGGCCCAUACUACCCGACUGGAUUCAAAGCUGUGUCACUUGAGGCGACAGACUACGCUGUACGAGCUUGGCCUGGUGGUGUAGGAGACAAGAAGCUAGGUGCCAACUACGCCCCUUGCAUCGUCCCGCAGAUGCAGGCGGCGAGCAGAGGCUUUCACCAGAACCUUUGGCUGUUCGGCGAGGAGGAAUAUGUCACCGAGGUCGGGACUAUGAAUCUGUUCGCUGCGAUCAAGAACAAGGAGACCGGACAACCAGAGCUGUUGACUGCCCCUCUCGAUGGAACCAUCUUGGAGGGCGUCACGCGUGACUCGGUUCUGGCCCUUGCGCGUGAGCGCCUCGAGCCGAAGGGCUGGAAAGUCUUGGAGCGCAAGUUCACCAUGAAGGAGCUCGCUGAUGCUGCGGACGAGGGACGCAUGAUGGAGGUGUUCGGCGCUGGUACUGCUGCCAUUGUCAGCCCCGUGCGACGAAUCAGCUGGAAGGGACGACUCGUUGAUUGCGGUCUGGCUGAGAACGAGGAGUGUGGUCCCAUUACAGGACAGGUCAAGGACUGGAUGGAGGCCAUUCAGUACGGUGACGAAGAGCACCCAUGGAGCUACAAGGUCCCGGAGUGAAGAUUGGCCGAGAAGUGGUAACGGCGCGCGACGCCAACAACGGAAGCAAGUAACUAUAGAAGAAGCUUGAGCAUGUGGGGAAAAUUGUUGAUCCCUGGAGCGAUCUAUGGACGUCGAGCAACGGCGUUUGAAGCAAUGCCACAGCAUUGGGCAGGUGGUGCAUGCCAGAUGCCCAAAGUCCAAAGUUUAUAGACAGCUUUAGCUUCGAUGUAGACUGGAGAAUGUAUACAAUGCAUGCUUUGCUGCUCUCAUGC